UUGCGUCCCUAUCUCCAGACCCCCCGACACCAACCACAACUAACCAAGCAGCCCCUGCGGAAAGGUAGCACGACCGCGUCCUCCCCUGAAAAGGCGUUCCAGGAGCGACUGCACGAGAUUAGCAAUGCCUGCGCAGACCCAUACCCGCGCCUUGCGGUCGGCCCGCGCUCUCUGAGCUGUGAGCAGUUCCGCGCGCGGUACGGCCAGCUGGCGGAUAAUGAAUCAGUAGAGGACACGGUCGUGGUCACUGGUAGGAUCCGUACCUAUAGACUCGCGGGGAGCAAAUUGAUCUUCUUCGAUAUCGUGCAAGAUGGCCACAAACUGCAGGUAAUGUGCAACCAGCGCCGACUGGACGGCGUGGAGCCCGAGCAGUUCAAGCGGCUAUUCCGUCUGCUGCGAAGGGGAGAUGCCUUUUCGAUCACCGGCAAACCGCACCGGACUGGCCGCGGCGAACUCACCAUCGAGACGACGGAACUGCCUCAAUUGCUCUCGCCGUGUUUGCACGAUAUCCCCGUCCACGACUCCACGCAUGAAACCUCGCCGUACCCGCGCCAUGUGCAGUUCCUGGCUGAUCCCGCUGUCGCGGAUGUCAUCCGUGCCCGAUCAUCGAUCGUCCAGUACCUGCGCCAGUUCUUUUUGGACCGGUCGUUCAUGGAGGUCAACACCCCGAUUCUAGAGGCUGUUGCCGGCGGCGCGGUUGCGCGUCCGUUCUAUACAUCUGCCACGGAAUUCCCCGAGCGGCAGCUGUCGCUGCGAAUUGCGCCGGAGCUGUGGCUGAAGCGGCUGGUUGUCGGUGGGUUCGACAAGGUCUUUGAGAUUGGGCCGUCGUUUCGCAAUGAAGGUCUGGAUAAAACACACAACCCCGAAUUCACCACCUGCGAAUUCUACCACGCAUACGCCAACCUCGAAACCCUCAUGUCCAUGACCGAGGACCUUCUCUCCGGCAUGGCCGCCCACAUCCGCGCCUUCAAUGCCCAAAGGGGAACCCUCAAUCCCACCCCCGUCAACUUCACCGCGCCCUUCCGCCGCAUCGACUUCAUCUCCGGCAUCGAAUCCCAAAUCAAUCGCAAACUCCCCGAUCUGACCUCAGCCUCCGCUCUCUCCGAAACCCGCCACCUAUUUGAUGCCCUCUCCCUUACCCUUCCCGAAAAUGCAACCCUCCCGCGCCUCCUCGACGAGCUAGCCGCCAUCUAUCUCGAGCCCCAAUGCAAAGACCCAACCUUCCUCAUCAACCCGCCAGAAUGCCUCUCCCCACUCUCCAAAUCUUUUAUCCAUCCAGCAACACACCAGCGCGUCGCGGCGCGCGGGGAACUUUUCAUCGAAGGCAAGGAGGUCGUUAAUACCUACGAAGAGGAGAACUCGCCGUUUGAGCAGCGCCGCAAGUUCGAGGACCAGCUGCGGUAUUCCCGGGAGGCCGGUGAGCCUGGAAAUGUCGAUGAAAGUUAUCUCGAGGCGCUGGAAUGGGGAUUACCCUCGACUGGGGGGUGGGGGUGCGGUGUUGAUCGGUUGGUGAUGCUGUUCACGGGGGCGAAGCGCAUCGGGGAUGUGUUGCCGUUUGGGAAUUUAAGGGCUGUGACGAGACGACCGACGGGGGAGAAUAAUCAAUAA